AUGAACACUGUCAAAUCUUUCUGGCUGGGCUGGGGCUCUCUUUGCGUCGGUAAAUACCCUCACAAUUCCUUCUUCCCUAAUACAUCAAUUGACCAUAUCAUAGCUGGUGGCGGUGCCUACUACUUCGCUAAGCAGCAGAUCAACGCCGACCGACAGGCCAAGAUGGAAGCCCACCGCAAGAAGAGACAGAUGAUUGAGAACUUGGAAACCACAGAGGGCAACGGAAGCCCUGCCCGCACCGAUAGCACGGGCUCCCCAAGCCAAGAAGCAAGCAGUGACCCUGCCCCUACGAGACAUGCGCCCGAGACUGAGAGCCAGCGAAUUGGAGAGAAGAGCAAAUACGAAAGUGCAAGUGUAUACCGAAGUCCAAAGGGAGAUCGAUUUUCUUAA